GCGACGCUCGGCGCUCAGUCAACUGGCAGCGGCGGCGGCGGCGGCACCGGCGGCACCACGGCGGCGCACCAGGUGUGGUACUACAGAGAUGGGAGCGGACCACGAAAAAGGCGCGGACAGCGGGCCGCCAAUCCCCAUGGAGAACUUCUCCUCGACGGCCCAGUUGACGGAAGACACCGUUUCCAAGCAGAAUGAGAGCGCUCCGGAAUACGACCCCUUCUCUGAGAGGAGCAUACAGCAUCCCAACUCGGACCUGGGGGCGCUGAUGCACCUGCUCAAGUGCAGCCUGGGUUCGGGGAUCCUGGCGAUGCCGAUGGCCUUCAAGAACGCGGGAACCGCCGUCGGCUUCAUCGGCACGGUGCUCAUCGGCAUGCUCUGCGGCCAUUGCGUCCACAUGCUGGUGCGGUCGUCCCACAUCGUGUGCCGAAGGGCUCGUGUGCCCGUGCUGGGCUUCGCGGAGACGGCAGAAUACGCCUUCCUGUAUGGGCCGGGUCGUCUGAAAGUGUGGGCGCCCUUUUCCAAGACGUUCGUCAACUUGGCGCUGGUUAUCACCUACUACAGCGCAUGCUGCGUCUACGUCAUCUUCGUUUCUACCAGUAUUAAGCAGGUGUGCGACGUGCUGUUCCCGUGGGCUAUCCUGGACGUGCGCAUCUACAUUGCCAUGAUGCUGCUGCCGCUCGUGCCCAGUUGCCUGGUGCGCAACCUGAAGUUCCUGGUGCCGUUCUCGACGGCCGCCAAUCUGUUCAUCGUGGUUGGUUUCGGCUGCACGCUCUACUACAUGUUCCGCGACAUGAAGGAUCCCGGGCGGCUGCCGCUGAAUGAAGACAUCGGCCGUUUCCCACUCUUCUUCAGUACCGUCGUCUUCGCCAUGGAAGGAAUAGGAGUGGUGAUGCCGGUGGAGAACACGAUGAAACACCCACAGCACUUCCUGGGCUGCCGAGGCGUUCUCACCAUCGCCAUGACCAUCGUCAUCUUGCUGUACGCCUUCAUCGGCUUCUUCGGCUACCUCGCCUACGGUGAAGGUACCUUAGGCAGCGUCACCCUCAACCUCCCCCAAGAGCCACUGGGCCAGGCGGUGAAGAUCCUGAUCGGGCUGGCCAUCAUGUUCACGUACCCGCUGCAGUUCCACGUGGCCACGGAGAUCGUGCUGAAGAUGGUGGGCGACCGCGUGUCGCAGAAGCGCUGGAACCGCUUCGAGUACACUCUGCGCGUCUGUGUCGUCCUGCUCACAGUGGGCGUGGCGGCGGCGGUACCGGAGCUGGGGCCCGUGGUGUCGCUGGUGGGGGCUGUGUGCUUCUCCACGCUGGGCCUGCUGUGUCCAGCUGCCAUCGAGAUGGCCACCUGCUGGCCCAGCCGCUGGCUGCUCGCCAAGGACUCGCUCAUCAUCAUCCUCUCGCUCGCCGCCCUCGUCUCCGGGUCCUACACCAGCAUCCUCGAGAUCAUCGAGGCGUUCGGUUCGUAGCACUAACCACUCUGCUGCACCGUGUCGGUGGGCUGUGGCGAGGGCUGCCCACUGAUUGAAACGGCGAUCCAGGGACCUCCUGGUCUUCUCGUAGCCACUGUGUGGCCACUGCCAAACGUCCCUCGUGCACACAGCGAGACGAGCAAUUCAGCCGUCGUCAUGUUAUCUGCAGUUCCUUAUAAGACCACUGUAUUCCUAACCAUUUGCUUCUUUGUCAUAGAAACAUGUAAAAGAGAGCCCUGGAAAGAGAAAGAGAGAGAGAGAGAGAGAGAGAGAGAGAGGGAGGGAGAGACAGAUAUAAAACAGAGACAGGUGGAGAGAGGAGAGGCCAGACGGAUAUGAGAUUCAUUUCCGAAAGCUCAUCUUGUGUCUUUAACAACUUACAGUUUCAAUGGAACUCUUUCUAGAUCGGAACCCUGCAAAAUGAGAACGCAGUUUGUUUCUUGCCCAUGUGCGUACUAUACGAUUUUUUUGGGGUACUGUUUGCUUUUUUAGUUUUACAACGAUAACGAAUCAGAAGAAAGAAAAUAUUGUAAGAGAAACGAUCAUGUAGGAGUCAGUUUAUUAUAAAUAUCUUUGUACAGCAGUGCAGUGAAUAUUUCCACUGAUGGCUAAAACAUUCUGAGAAGCAAGAUUUUCCCAAUAGGUAGGCAAUCAACUGCUCCAGACCAUGUGUAGAAGUAUUCCACAUAUUAUGUUCCGACCAUUACGACGUAUUUUCUUUGAAAGUAGUUUUUCUCUGCUGGGAUUGUCUUGGUAUAAGGUUUCAACUUUUUUCUUGAAAUAAUUAUAAACUGAACAACACAUCACACUCCCCAUAGAAAUAAAAUAUCCAUGAAUAUGGCUUUAAAACGCAGAUAUUAUUAUUAUAUUUUUGAGUUAUUUUUAAAGCUUUUGCUUGAAAUAUUUCGUGAAGAUUGUUAUGUAUUUAUUAUUAGCCAUUCUUUACCAGAACUACUCCUAUAGAUUUAUUUCCCAAAGAUGUUACCAAAUAUUAUUUAUUUCAUUUUUUUGAGAUAUUGAUAUCUUGUCUUAUGAAAAAGACACAAUUGUAAUAUUUAUUGUGAUAAAGAAAUAUUGUAAUGUUAGAAUGUAUAAUAAAAUCUGUUUAUAGUUUUAGUGUCAAAUUUCUGUUUUUGUGCCGUACUAUAUCUUGCUGAUAGAACAGCCUGCAAUGCGUUUCUGUGUUGCAUAUUUCUUUCAAAAAUCUUACUACGUUCUGGGCUACAUUACGUAAGAAACAACAAAUUCUGAAUGACAUAACAAAUUUCCUUUCACAACUAUAUG